GAUGUAUUUCCUGUGGCAGGUCAGAUAAUAUGAAUAUUAAUCAGUGGGCGGACCGAUUGAGAAAGGCCAGUCUGUUUAUGAAUAUAUUUCGCGCGAGUGUCAAACAUCAAGAUGUCUACUGGGAUUCGUGGGAACUUGGCUACGAGUACGAGUACUAGCUCAACAUCAGCAUCAGGCCCAUCAUUAUUGUGGACGCCUGUAGACUCUGAGGACAAGAGUCUUCGAGGAUUUGUCCGGUCAUUCGACGAAGUGACAGCGAUCAUAAAGUCAUUCGAGGUGGCAUCCUCCUUUACUUACGUGAAAGAGUAUGAUCGGUGCCAUGCCCAUGGCCAUGAUGAUGAUGAUGAUGAUGAUGACCCAGCCAGGCCAAGUGGUGGGCCUAGCGUUAGUACAGCCAAACAACAAAAGGUCCGCUUCCAGGACAUUCGGGAUAGUGUUAUCCCUGAGGAUGGUGUGCCGUUUUUGACCGAGCGGACUAUCUCCUAUGCAUGCAUGUUCGGUCGAGACAAAAAUGCUGCAAGGAAAAAGAGAGGAGAGGAGGAGAGGGCAAAACAUCUUUCGGGUGACCAUCCUACAAAAAAAUACUACAAGAAAAUUAUGGAAUCCAAGAAAAAGGGAUGUACAGCUGGCAUACACGUGAAGCAAGUGUCAAGAUUCAUCGACUACAAGGAUUGUAACUCCAAGUGGAGUAAGAGAAAAGCAAGUGAGGAGAUCAGGCUUGCUCGCCUUAGAGGGGAAACCCUUGCCUCUGAGAGAAGAUUCUACAUUAGGCUGCCCAGCCACGAGGACCACCAAAAGACACACAGUGUGGGCGAGGUAUCUUUCGCGAUGGAAGCUUGUACGCCUGAACCUGUGCAAGCUGUUGUAGGGGAAAAGAGAGACUUUGGCUCCUUCCAUUCUUCUAAUGUACAGGAACUUGUUGAAGCAGCCGAGGACUCAUACUUGCCGCCCAGUUUUCCGUUUGAGGUCCCAGCAUUCACUCACUGCAAAGACUUGACGUUUGGAGAAGAAGCAAGGAGAAAGCAUUUUCUGCUUGAGGACUGUACAUUCCUGAAUCAUGGAGCGUUCGGAGCAACCCUGAAGGACGCCCUGGACGUGGCGCAACAAUGGCAGCGCUAUAUUGAAAGACAACCGCUUAGAUUCUUGACAGGGAGGUCCUUCCACAUAUGGCUUACAUUACCAGGAGACUGGCCAAAUUUGUAGGAAGUGAAGCAAGUGGAAUAGUCCUCGUGCCCAAUGUCACCACAGCAAUCAAUGCUGUUGUCCGGAGCAUUCCAUUAAGAAGGGGGAGAAGAUAUUCUGCCUCAACAUCACAUAUGGUGCUGUCAAGAAGCUUCUAAAACACACGGCCGAAUCUCUGCAACUUGAAUACCAAGAA